AUGGCAAAUGCGAAAGACACACUCAAUCCUGGCCUAUGUGCCAUAGCGCUUGCCAUCCGAUCCCGUGAUGGCCCUAGAUUCGUUUUCCAUUAUCCUCCGCACCCUUCAACCAAGCCCACCGAGCGCGAACUCCGCUUUGGCACAGAAUUGGAUACCGAGCCCGCUGAGGCAGAUGAUCAGGAGCAAGAUGACUAUGAUAGUGAUGAGUCCGAAUUGGAAGAGAGCAGCUAUUUGGAUAUGCCUGCGUUGGGCAAGCUCGAUCUGAAUGAAAAAAUGCAGAAACAGCAACAACAGCUCCCGAAGCAAAAACGUCACGUGGGCACGCCAGACGGUGACGACCACUAUAACGACAAGAAGGGAGAACAUGUGGUCCCUUGGGAACAUUUAUUCGAGUUUCCAACAGCCGACCUAGAAAGCAUCCUUACACCAUCCAGGGCAUUUCACAAGAAGAAGUUCGAGCUUUCCCUCGACCCCCUUCACUUUGUUGCAUACCCAAUGCAUAUCCGCGAAGACGGUCUCUGGAAGAAAAAGAAGACUAAGAAGUCGAGAAGGGCGACAAAGGAAACAGAUGAUCCAGAACCGGGACCGGAAUCGGGAGAGGCUAAGUCUAAGGAAAAGAAAGAUCAAAAAGCGGGUAAUACGUCGGAGGAUGGGGACGAUUCCGGUGGAAUGCUUAUGUUUAAUGUGGCAUUUAUUCUUAAUCUCCCCAAGGAUGAGGAAGAUGAACGAAUCCUUGAGAUUUACGAGCAUGUCAUCAGGAAGUUUAACAAGGCUCUGAAUCAUGCUCAGGCUUCGAACAACUAUGUUUGGAGGGAAUCGGAGGUGAUUAUUGCGAUGAAAGAAAAGGCCCGCGAAGAGCGGCGCCCUAUGAGUUGGCUGUGGACCGAAAUCUUGCUGAAGUCAACUUUGGCCGGAGCGAUUCGGGAUGUCUUCAACGCGAUCUCCAACAACAAAAUAGCUACUCUACAUCUGGCUACCACACCCCCAGUAGACCUAUCUUUGCAAAUCCCCGUUCCGCCUUAUCUUACCAGUUUUCCAAGGUCAGAUGACCGGGCAAUGCUAGGGCUCCUACUAACCUCUUCCAACGCCACCAUUGAUGAAGAGGGCAACGAAGACCCAUCCUAUCUCAAUAGGCAUUUUGCUCUUCUACUUCUCGACAACGAGGAGAAGAUUAUAGCCGAGAUCCAAGCGGACAACACCGAGCUCUCCCCACCACUCAUCGAGUGUAUUCGACUUUGCAGCCCAACGCUGUCAUUUCUCCAGGUUGCCCAAACGCACAAUAUAGAACUCAGCAGCUUAUUAAUUCUUGCUCAACAUCUGGUUUAUUGGCGUAGAGCCGUCGCAAUUCGGCCGCUCCACGCCCGCGAGAUGUAUAUCGUGUCGCCGAAUUGCGAUAGUCGAAAGCUCCCAGCAGCCAAUUUUGCAUGGAAAAAAGCAUUCCCGCUUGCACCAUCCCUUCCUAGCUACCUCGCCGCUCUAUCGGCAGCUCCCCGUCCGUACAAGACGUUUUCGCCUAGCAAGAACCAUCGGCCCACCUAUUUGGAGAUGUUAGCAUGGGCAAUGCGUGGCGGCUGGGUCACUCAAUUGUGCACUUUUGCCUGGAUCCUCGUAUGGCCAGAAAUCUUAUAUGAAGUUCAAUACCAGCUCAAGGCUGGGGCUAUUGAAAAGGCGAAGAAUAAACCAGCUUCAGGACAGGCAUCCACCGCCUCAGCCGAGUCAACCGACGAAUCCGGCGCCGAGAAGAAACCCAUCGAUCCAAACGCACCCUUGACAACAGAACAAGCAGCUGAACAGGCCCGCCUUGAACGACUUGCUAAGAAGGCUGCUGAAGAUGCUGCCGAAUUCGCCGCCGAAUUCGCGAAGAUGCCGGUCCCGGUCGCAACAGAUCAUCCUUCACACAACCCUGCUCCGCACCUUAAGAACCUCUCCCCGUACAUCAUCAAAGAUCCGCAUAAAGUCAACCACGAAGAAUCCCUCUACAUCGCCGCCUAUGGUAAACGCUUUACCGACCCGAAGAUCAGGGAUUGCUGGUUUAAGUUCUGCAGCAAGUACUUCAAUGGCACGGAGGCCUUGGAGAUGAUUGCGUUGCAGGAGGGUAUGAAGCGGAAGGAGACAUGGAGUAUAUUGAUGCAUUUCCAGGAGAUCAUUCUUGUAUGUAAACAUUGGUGA